GAAGAGCACAAACAUGAGCGCACUCUGAUGGACAUGAAGAAGUCAAGGGAAGUCAAAUUUGCUUUGUACCCCGCAUGGAUUACGCUAUAUUGGACAGUUGAUGUAUAUUGCAAGUGCUACACUCCUUAAAUAUACAUGUAUUGUUGUUUAGACUAAACGUGAUCUAGCUUUUUGUUUGCCUGUGUUUAUAAAAUGUCACGGCUGGUUCCGUUCAUCAGCUGUUUGUACAGUGUGUCCAUACGAGUCUUAUGGAGAAGUUCCCCCAGAAUCCCUCCACUGCCCCGGCUGACGCGUGUAUUUGUAGCCGGUAAGAAGGACCUGAUAGACUUUCCUGUCCUGAAUGAAGACGAGCUUGAAGAGCAGUUUGUGAGAGGAUCUGGACCUGGAGGACAGGCUACGAACAAAACCAGCAACUGUGUGGUCCUCAAGCAUACCCCCAGUGGGAUCGUUGUGAAGUGCCAUCAGACCAGAUCUGUGGAUACAAACAGAAAGCGUGCCCGGGACAUCAUGAGAGAGAAACUUGAUAUUCUAUAUAAAGGAGAACUCAGUGAAGUUCUGGUAAAGAAGAAAGUGGCUGAACUGAGGAAACAGGACAAGAGGAGGAAGGUCAAUGAGAAUCUGGAGAGAAAAAGGCAAUUUAAAGGAACACUGGCUGCAGCCUCUGAACCUGGAAAUGAAACAGUUUGAAAUGUUCAAAAUGAAGGCACGAUGACUAGACUGAAACUUUUCUUGAUGCCUGCAAAGACAGAAAAACAAAUCUUGGAAAGUCCAUCAAAAGGGAUCAAAAGGAAUCAGAAUUAAUUUGUAAAACAUAUGUUGUGAAAAGACGAAAUACAAAUUUUCACCACAUUAUAUUAGACAAAGCAGGAGAUUUAGAAAAUAAAAAAUGAUGAAAAGGUGAUAUAUUGAGCAUUUUUCUAUUCCUUAUGAUGUGCUUUUACAAAAAAAUUAUUUGGUCAAUCGUUUGGGUCAAUGUCGAGGUUGGGGUCAGAGCUCUUAGACCUGGCCGGGUGUUCUAAUUAGGGCACUUGCUACAGCAAGCAUGGUACUGUACUGGCCCACAGGACACCCCCUGCUUCAUUUGGCUUACGUUUUCACAGAUAGUUUAAAAAGUGGUGCUUUUUUACGUAUUUCCCUUUAAUCAAUAUCUGUGUUUAAGUAACAAACAUGACACUUGUGCUCCUCCAAAUUGGAUAACACCUACCCAAUCCACAGUGCAAAGUGUCCUGUAUACCUGUAAUUUAAACAUAUUAAUUAUUAUAAUGUCAUAAUGUUCCAAACACAAACUUUCAUGUCUACGCAGAUGAUACAGUUAUUUACUGCUCUGCUCCAACACAGCAUCAGGCUCUCUGUCACCUACGGGAAGCUUUCAACACUGUGCAGGACACCUUUCAUGAGUUAAAAUUGUUAUUGAAUCCUGAUAAAACAAAACCCAUGGUGUUUACAAAUUCAAAGACAAAGCCAUCAAACCUGCCUUCUAUUACCACAUCUCAGGGUGAUGUGAUUGAGCCUGUAUCAUCUUAUAAAUACCUGGGAUUCAUAAUUGAUGAGUCACUAUCCUUUAAGCUUCACAUUCAACAGCUUGUUAAGAAGUUGAAGGUGAGGUUGGGUUUCUAUUUCAGAAACGAGUCAUGUUUUUCUUUUGCCGCAAAGAAUAACCUUGUUGAUGCUAUCUUCAUGCCUUUGAUUGAUUAUGGUGAUGUUUUAUAUAUGCAUGCAUCCACUCAUUGCCUUCACGCUCUGGACACCGUUUUUCAUGGAGCUCUGAGGUUCAUUACAGGUUUUAAAUUUCUAACCCAUCACUGCUGCCUGUAUGCUCGAGUUGGCUGGACUGCAUUGUCUACCUGUAGACUACAUCACUGGCAUGUCCUUGUUUAUAAGGCACUUCUUAACUUGCUUCUCUCAUAUUUGGGUUUGAGUCAUAGACUGUAUAAAAUAUGGACAUAGGAUUCGUGACGUCACCCAUCUGUUUCUGAAGUGCCGUUUUGAGGCCAAUCGCCGAUGGUAGCCAUAUUGCUGCUGUCGAGUGAUUGUGGCGUAAAGAGGCGGGCUUUGAGCCUCCUAGCCAACAGCUACAGUGUUCCUGCAGUCAGCUGUGCCUCUAAUUGGAGGACUCGUAAUCUCAAUAUCCUCGAAAUUGCUGCUUUAGAAAAAAAUUCACCCCCCAUACAGUGUGUGCCGAACGAGAAAUUAGCUAUCCAGACUACACUCGUCUUUUGUACCAGGCUGUAAACAUGUUUAUUUCUGCUGUAAAGAUUGUCUUUUUUGAAAUGGUGUGUAUGUGGUUUCCAGUACUUCCGGAGCCAGCCUCAAGCGGAUCCUCGAUGAACUGCAGUUUUUAACACUUCCGCAUUGGACUUAUAUUUUUAGACCGGAGGUUGCUGCUUGGUUUAAGUGAGCUUGUCUCUUCAAAUAUUUUUAAAUGCAGACUGAAGGCUCUUGAGGAAGAUGCUUCAGUUUGUAGAUGCUUGACUGAUGCCUUGUUUUCUGAAACCCAUGUUUGUCUGUAACAUUUCUGGAAUGUGCUGCUGCUGAUCUUGGCCAGGACACAAUUGAAAAAGAGAUUUUUAAUCUCCAUAUGGUUUUCUCCUGGUUAAAUAAAAAAGAUUUUAAAAAAGUAUAGCCUUUAUUUGGUUCGACGAAUGCCACUGAGUUCAAGAUCUCUCUUGCAAAGUGGACAAUACAGCACAGUGAUUGAAGUGGAUGCUUGUUUUCCUGAGAGGUCAGCUGGAGCACACCAAUUCUGUGACAGCGAGAUCUGCGGCCAACAAGAGAGUUAAUUUCAUGCUCAUGCCCCGCCCACUUAGCUGCGGCAGCCAAUGAGAGGAGCGGAAGGGUUUUUAAAUCCAUCACGCUCUCCACUGUUCAGUUGAGUGGUCUCAUGUUUGUCUUUGCAGAACCUGUAAACGAAGCAAAACGAGGAAUUUAAUACACUCCUCGUCCACCUUGGAUGUUAUUCUGGGAACUGACAUGGCAAAAGGAAAGAAACAUGUUAUGAGAAACGACAAACAGCCUGGGGACGGUUCUGAAAAUAAAGUCAGCCUGCUGAAGGAGACAAAAGAAAACAAACCAGCAACUAACAAGGAUUGUGUAGGUCCAUUUCAGUCAGUUUCCCAGAAUUCAAGGAGUCAGGGAAAACCCAGAUCCCCACUGAGCGACAGUUCAAGCAUGCUGAUCCAGGAGGGAAAUGAAUCUGAUGCAACUACUGACAUGUCAAAACUGAAAAAAGACAUCCCUCAAGAAACAAAAUCUGAGAGUUGUACGCUCAAAGAGCAAAAGCCGGAAACAGCUUUGCACUGUCAUGGAAUCAGAGAACCAGUCACUGAUCAGCUGGAGCAAAAAAAGCCCACUGUUCAAAUUAAUGCCAGAUCUGCAGCAGAUGUCAAAGUUUCAGCAUCCAAACCUCGGAGCAGAGCAGGUCGCAAACCCGGAGCAAAAAAGACAGAGAAUAAAGCUCCCCAAAACAGAAAGGUCACAGACUACUUUCCCAUCAGAAGAAGUAACAGAAAGACGAAGGCAGAGUUAAAGGAUGAAGAACACAGACACAUUGAUGACCUGAUAAAGAAAGGCAUUGAGGAAGGAAUGCAGGUCAAAAACAUAGAAGGAAAAGGGAGAGGCAUAUUUGCUAUCGAUGGCUUCAAGAAAGGAGAGUUUGUGGUGGAGUAUCAUGGAGACCUGCUGGAACUAGAAGAGGCUAAAAUAAGAGAGGGGCAGUACGCUCAGGAUCCCCAAACAGGCUGUUACAUGUACUACUUCCAGUACCAAACUAAAACCUACUGUGUGGACGCUACAAAGGAAACAAGUCGUCUUGGAAGACUGAUCAACCACAGUAAAACUGGAAACCUUCAGACUAGGCUUCACCCCAUCGAUGGGACCCCUCAUCUGAUCUUGGUGGCCUCCAGGGACAUUGAAGCAGAGGAGGAGCUGCUGUAUGACUACGGUGAUCGGAGCAAAUCUUCAAUCUUGGCUCACCCUUGGCUUAAAUACUGAAUUUUCACCUCGAGUGCUCAUACAUCAGAUGAAUUGGUGAUUUCUGCUUUGUGUAAAAGACACUAUAGAUGAGGAGCCCUUGAUGUGCUUUUUUAUUAAAAGAAAUGUUUUUGUUUAAAACAAAGCUAAAACUUCAGCUCCAAGAAAAGUGUAUUUCUACAAAGGUUGAUUUUAUUGUGCUUUUAUAUAUCUUUUUUUAUGAUGGAAUUGUAGCAACUGAUGCAAGCUUGAACAGUAUUUCUGAUUGAUAAGUUGUGUGAUGAAUAUAGUUCACAAUUCACUUUCACUAUUUGUAAAUUAUUCAAUGUGCUAUAAAUUGAGGAAUAAACCAUGCUGAGUUUUCUCUCCA